AUGUCGUUGUCUAUCACCAUAGACUGGAAUCACUUGAUAAUAUUGAGGUGGUGGGUUUCAUGUCGUAAUCAUCGAGAUGAUGGGCAAGUAAAUAAAGCCAAAACAAAAAAGAAAGAUGGAAAACAGACAGAGAGAAGGCGAAAGGGAAACGGGUGUGUGAGUGACAUUAUUAUUAUCAAUAGAGAGAGAGAGAGAGAAUGGAGGAGGAGGGGAGCAACAAAAUCCUCGUGUAAGCUUUACAGACUACACAGAGCCUUCUCAGCCAUGCAAGUUUUCACACAUCCAAAUUAAAAAACAAAGAGACAAUACUUUUAAUUUAUU